AUGAGGCGCCAUGGCUCUGGCUCAACUGACUCCAACAACUCAGCACUAGUCGACACAGAAAGAAACAAUGGCAGCGGUGGAGGAGUUGGCAGUGGCAGCCAUACUCUCCCAAGUAUCCAGCCAUUCGCGCCAGCAGCAAUGCAGCACUGCGAGAGCAAUGCUGCCUACUUCUCGUGGCCGACCUCGAGCAGGCUUAACGAUGCUGCUGAGGAGAGGGCAAACUACUUUGCCAACUUGCAGAAGGGUGUUCUGCCGGAGACUCUAGGUAGGUUGCCGCAGGGGCAGCGGGCAAACACGUUGCUCGAGCUCAUGACCAUAAGGGCAUCCCACAGCAAGAUCUUGAGGUGUUAUAGCCUGGGGACUGCGAUUGGGUUCCGGAUUCGGAGAGGCGUUCUGACGGAUAUACCUGCCAUCCUUGUGUUUGUUUCUAGGAAAGUUCAUAAGCAGUGGCUCUCCCCUAUUCAAUGCCUUCCCAAUGCUCUCGAGGGACCGGGAGGUGUGUGGUGUGAUGUAGACGUGGUUGAGUUCUCGUACUUUGGCGCACCUGAGCCAGCUCCGAAAGAGCAGUUGUACACAGACAUCGUGGACGAUUUACGAGGGGGUGAUCUCUACAUUGGUUCAGGUUCUCAGGUUGCAAGCCAGGAGACUUAUGGGACUCUAGGAGCUAUAGUGAGGAGCCAAACUGGGAAUCGACAAGUUGGUUUCUUGACCAAUAGGCACGUUGCAGUAGACUUAGACUACCCUAAUCAGAAAAUGUUCCACCCUUUGCCGCCAACUUUAGGCCCUGGAGUUUACCUUGGUGCUGUGGAGAGAGCCACCUCUUUCAUCACUGAUGACCUCUGGUAUGGCAUCUUUGCUGGUUCAAAUCCUGAGACAUUCGUGAGAGCAGAUGGAGCAUUCAUCCCAUUCGCCGACGAUUUCGACCUAUCAACUGUGACAACAUCCGUCAAAGGCCUCGGUGAGAUUGGCAGCGUGAAGAUCAUCGACUUGCAGUCUCCCAUCAACACCUUAAUCGGCAAACAAGUGACCAAAGUUGGCAGGAGUUCAGGUUUUACAACGGGGACCGUGCUAGCCUAUGCAUUGGAGUACAACGACGAGAAAGGCAUAUGCUUUCUGACCGAUUUCCUCGUGGUGGGAGAGAAUCAACAGACGUUUGAUCUCGAAGGAGACAGCGGGAGCUUGAUCGUUAUGAAAGCUGACACAGAGAAAAAUGGAGACAAACCUCGACCCAUUGGGAUCAUAUGGGGUGGCACGGCGAACCGUGGGAGGUUGAAGUUGAAAGUUGGGAGGCCGCCGGAGAAUUGGACGAGUGGGGUUGAUUUGGGGAGGCUUCUGAGCCUGCUGGAGCUUGAUCUCAUUGCUACUAAUGAUGGGCUUAAAGCUGCAAUUCAAGAGCAAAGAGCUGCAUCAGCAACGGGAAUGGGCUCAACGGUGGGAGACUCGUCUCCUCCGGUCGAAUCACUGGGCCUCCAAAUCCAUCAUCACAUUCCUCUCGAAGUCGAUUGCAACAGCCACCCUCCGCCGGAGGCCCAACCCACAUCGCUAAUUACCGAAACAGAGUUCCGCCUCGAGCAGGACGAGGAAGCUGUCAAAGGAGGAGCUCCUCCGCCCAAUGUGGAGCAUCAGUUCAUCCCGAGCUUUCCUGGUGAGUCCGCAUUGCAUAAGGAGAACCAAACGGGUGAAGAUCGCAAGCCGACGGAGAAUCUGGCUUCGUUGUGGAAUGACGGUGAGGGAUCAGGCGGAGGAGGAGGAGGAGGAGGAGAAGAGAUCACUGUUUCUUUGGGGUUGUUGGGUGACAGUAAUGAAGGCAAUAAAAGGAAACGUUGUGAUGAUGUUGAGGUUGGAAAUGGGGAUCAAGAACUCGUCUGA